CGGGUGCACAUGGUGUCGCUCGUCGUCAACGUGCUGCUGUUUGGCUCCAAGCUGUGGGUGUACCUCUCGUCGGGCGCGAUGGUCGUCCUCGCGGCGCUGGUCGACUCGACUGUCGACCUGCUCGCGCAGGCCAUCCUGCUCGUCACCAACCGUCUGGCGACCGACCAGCAAGGCGCCACCAAGGUCCUCUACCCGGCCGGCCGCUCGCGCGCAGAGCCGGUCGGCGUCAUCGCGUGCGCGCUGCUGAUGGCGAUGGCGAGCGCGCAGGUGAUCCGCGACGCGCUGGUGUCGCUGUACGGCUACUGGCAGCACGGCGACGUGCGCCCGGUCGACAUGACCUACUACGACCUCGGGCUGCUCGCGAGCACGAUCGCGCUCAAGUUUGUGCUCUACCUCUGGUGCCGCUCAAAGUUUGCAGAGACCAACAACGUGACGGUGGAGGCGGUGGCGCAGGACCACCUGAACGACGUCCUCUCCAACCUGGGCGCCCUCGCCGCCGCGGUGCUCACGCAGCUCUCCCCCUCCCUCUGGCUCGCCGACCCCGUCGGCGCCGUCGCCAUCUCUGUGUACAUUAUCCACUCGUGGCUCUGCACCGGCAUGGAGCAACUCGAGUUCCUCGUCGGCCGCUCCGCCGACCCGGAGUUCCUCGACCAGGUGCGCGAGAUGGCCGAGACGCACGACCCCGCCGCCAGCCUCGACCUCGUGCGCGCGUACCACUUUGGGCCGCGCUUCCUCGUCGAGAUUGAGAUCGUGAUGCUGCCCGAGACGCCGCUGCGCGUGUCGCACGACGUGGGAAUCAUGCUCCAGCACAAGAUCGAGCGGCUGGAGCAGGUGGACCGCUGCUUUGUGCACGUCGACUAC